AUGGCCUUUUUUGAAAUAUUAAAAGAUAAAGCUAUAAAUACAUUUAAUGAAGUUAUAUUAGAUAAAAAAAUUGAUGGAGAAGGAUUAACAAAAGAACAACAAUUUUGUAAAAAAUUUAAAAUACCUGAUACUCAACAAUUAAUUAAUGAAAGUAAUAUUCAAUUAAUAUAUAAUUCGGAAUUAAAUUCAUCAAGAUAUGAUGAUCAAGAAGAUUUUAAAUUUGAAGGUAAAAUAUAUUUAACUCAACAAUUUUUAAUUUUUAAAGAUUUUACUGAUCCAAGAGAUUGUACUUUUACUUUACAUUUAUCAACUAUUAAAAAAGUUGAAAGAGAAACUAGAUCUUUUAUUGGUGGUAUUAAUUUUAUAUUAGUUUUAACAACAAUAAGUAAAAUUCAAAUAAAAUUAUUUUUCAAUGGUAUAAAAUUUGAAGAUGAAAGAUUUGCUCAAAGUUUAUCAAAUUCAUUGAAAAAGAAUCAACCAAAUAUAAAGAAAUUACAUCCAUUUUUAAAAACCUGUUAUUCCGAAUAUAUUUUAUCAAAAAACAAUAUGUCAAAUGAAAAAAUUGAAACUUUACCAGAAGGUGGACUUGGAUUAGAAUUUAAAUUCCCUGGUAAUUCAAAAGAAGCAAGAGAUAAAACAAAAUUAAAAUUAUGGUUUGAUGAAUAUAUUGCAAAUGGUAGAAAUUUAUCAAUGAUAAAAAAUAAUAUGUUUUAUAAAUUAAUUCGAGUAGGUUUACCAAAUAAAUUAAGAGGUGAAGUUUGGGAAUUAUGUAGUGGAUCAAUGUAUUUAAGAUUUGAAAAUCAAGGAGAAUAUCAAAAUUUAUUAGAAAUAAAUAAAAAUAAAACUUCAUUUGCAAUAGAAGAAAUUGAAAAAGAUUUAAAUAGAUCAUUACCAGAAUAUGCAGCUUAUCAAAAUUCAAUAGGUAUAAAUAAAUUAAAAAAUGUAUUGGUUGCAUUUUCAUGGAAAAAUCCAGAAGUUGGAUAUUGUCAAGCAAUGAAUAUUAUAACAGCUGCAUUAUUAAUAUAUAUGUCAGAAGAACAAGCAUUUUGGUAUUUAAAUGUUAUAUGUGAAAGAAUACUUCCUGGUUAUUAUUCAAAAACAAUGUUUGGAACAUUAUUAGAUCAAAGAGUAUUUGAAUCAUUAGUACAACAAACAAUGCCAAUGUUAUGGGAUCAUAUCACAAAAAAUGAUAUACAAUUAUCAGUUGUUUCAUUACCUUGGUUUUUAUCAUUAUAUUUUUCAUCACUUCCAUUAGUAUUUGCUUUUAGGAUUAUGGAUAUUUUCACAAUGCAAGGUCCAAAAACAUUAUUUCAAGUUGCAUUAGCUAUAUUAAAAGUAAAUGGAGAAGAGUUAUUGAAAACUGAAGAUGAUGGAACUUUUAUAUCUAUUAUAAAAGAAUAUUUUCAAACAUUAGAUAAAUCAGCAUACCCCAAUUCACCACAAUUGAAAUAUAGAAAUACAACAAAAUUUCAAGAACUUUUAUUGGUUUCUUUCAAAGAAUUUUCAACUAUAACUGAUGAAGUUAUAAAUAGUCAUAGAAAUAGACAUAGAGAUUCAAUAAUGCAAAAUAUUUCUACAUUUGUUAAAAGAACAGAAAUUAGACAUUUACCUAAAACAAAAAAUAUACCACAACAAUAUCUUGAUAUUUUAUAUGAUAGAUUUUAUUCACUGGUUGAAAAAAAUAAAAUAAAAAAUUCAGGAUCAAGUACUAUGGAUUACAAAGGGUUUUUAAAAUUUAUGUCAGAAAUCUGUGAUUGGGUUGAAGAAGAUUGUAAUUUUUUACAAAGAUUAUUUAAAUAUUGGGAUUCUGAAAAACAAAAUCAAUUAACUUUUUCAGAUUUAGUCAUGGGGUUAAAUACAUUAGUUGAACCAGAUUUAAUGACUUCAAUGUCUAAUUUUUUUGAAUUAUAUGAUAUAAAACAUAAUGGUAAAAUAGAUCGUGAACAAAUUUUAAAAAUAUCAGAAGAUUUAUUAGAUAUAACAACACCAUGGAAAGAGGGCCAUUUAUUAGAUGAUAUAACUAGAGCAGCAGUAGAUGAUGAAGUAGCGGAAAAUUUAAUCAAACAACAACAAGAUAAAACCACUACCAAAAAUGGAGAUAUAAUAGAUUUACCACCUCACAUGGAAGUAGAUAGAGAAAAAAUUGCAUCACAACAAGCAGAAAGAUAUUUACAAGCAGCUAGUAAUUUUAUAAAUAGAUCAUUUGAAUAUGCACAACCAGAAGAAGAAGAAUUAUUAAUAAAAGAUUUAGCAAUAGAUGAAAAAAUAAUACAUAAUGUAGCAUUAGAUCCAAAUCAUCCAGUUUAUUUAAAUUUACCUACAUUUAGAAUGGUAAUAUUAGCAGAUGAAACUUAUGAAUUAUUAUUUAGUACCACAUUUAGAGAUUCAAUACAUUUAGAUCGAGAAUUAAAUGAUUUAAAAUUUAUAAGAAAUUUAAGAGAUAUGUUUGAUGGAUUAUUAGCUGAUGGUAAAAAAGUUGCAACAAAAGUAAGAAUGAGAAUGGAUUCAAGAGCUUCACAAUUAACAAAUUCAAGUGGAUCAUCAUCUAUAAAAUCUAAAACAUCACCAAAAGAAGAAGAUGAAGAUGAUGAAAGAGAUGAUGAUUUUGGAAUUUUAACAAUUGAUGAAAAAGAUAAAGAUUUGAUAUUAGCUACUGAAGCUCAAUCUUUAAAAGAUCCUAUAAAAAGAGGCUCAACUCAAGAAAGAAUUAAACAAUUGCAUGAUUUACCUGAAUCAAAUAAUAAAAAAUCUGAAAAUUUAAUAGAAUUUGAAACUUAA